AUGGACGCCCUAGCCAUCUAUGCCAUUGUCGCUGGCGGCAUCUUUGCCGGCCUUUUCCUGGCCCGGACUCUCUCUACCCUCGCAAAAUGGUCGACCUUUUUUUCUAUCCUGCUCACCCGACAUCUGACACUUCCUUUUAUUGUCCAUAGGCAUCAACUCUUGGGUCCUUGGACCCGUGCCAGUGUUUUGCUUCACGUAUCAUAUGCUGCAAUCAAUGCUUUUCUCGUCGUUUUCAGGGCGGCCUCCCUGACUGGCGCUGGCCGCCGUGCAGGAGAACUAGCCCUAGUCAAUCUGAUCUUUCCUCUAUCAGCCAUCCACCUAAGCAAUGUAGCCGACCUUCUAGGCAUCAGCUGGGGCACUUGCCGCAAAGUCCACCGUGCUACCGGCUGGAUGGCCACGGCCCUGUUGGCCUUUCACGUUGUUGUGGCGGUUCAAGACCACGGAUUUAGCUUUCCUCUCAGCGAAAUGCAAAACCUCUUUACCAUGAUUGGCGCCGCCUCCCUGGGUGCCGUUGCUCUGCUUUCCAUUUCAUGGUUUCGUCGAUGGUCUUACGAGGUCUUUCUCCGAAGCCAUCAGAUCUUCGCCAUACUCUUUGUCUAUGGCACCUGGCGGCAUCUUCCAUCAGCAAAGCGUCCGCCCAAACUUUAUCUUCUUAUCGCAUUGGCGCUAUUUGGAACGACUUCAUUCUUAGAGUUGGUGACUCUUCUAUACCGGAACGGGCUGUUUGCGGGUCGCGGUUGUCCAAGGGCCAUUGUGACCUUUAAGGUGAGAGAAGCGAAGGAGGCCGAUCCUGUUGUAACAGCUACUCAGGUUCGCAUUGUCUUGCCUCGCCCUCUGACAGUGGAGGCUGGGCAAUACAUCAAUCUCUGGAUUCCGUCAGUCGGCCUAUGGUCGUGGACGCAGACACAUCCUUUCACAGUCACAUCCUGGUCUCGAAGUACACAGGACACCCUGGAGCUUCUGGUGCAGCCGCGCCGUGGUCUAUCAGCAGAUCUUCUUCGCUAUGCUCCUGUGGCUGCACAGAGCUCGAUUUCUUUCUUGGCUUUAUUUACUGGUCCUCAUGGAACAAGUGAGGAUGUCAGUCACUAUGAAAGCGUCUUGGUGAUCGCUAGUGGAUUUGGGAUCGCGGCAGCAGUGCCAUACCUGAAAAAAAUGAUCUACGGCUAUAAUACCUGCACCUCCCAGGUUCGCCGUUUACAUUUGGUAUGGCAGGUGGAGUCAAUUGGGGAGGUUGCCGCCGCCCAGACCCUGUUAAAUAACCUCCUGAAAGACGAUAUCGUGGAUGAAGGCUAUAUUCUCAAUAUCUCUAUAUACGUGGGGAACGGCCUCGAGCAGAACAAACUACCCUUUGGUCAACAUAAACGAGUCUGUCUCUACCGGUCUAUACCAGAUUAUGAUAGCAUCAUCUCUCUCGAGGCAUCGGGCGACCAAGUCGAGAGGCUGCCUAACAUCCGGGAGGAGCGCGGUCGGACGUUGGUAAUGGUCUCCACAGCGGACGAGCUUCGAGACCAACUACGGGAGACGGUGAAAGCAUAUCUUCAUCGGGGUGUAAAUCUUUCAGAAUUGGAGUAUCAGCCCAGCGCUGACUGA